AUGGCCGAGACCAAGCCACAGGAGACGCAUGACACGUGCGAGACACGUGAGACACGUGAGACAAGUGAGGACAAGCUGCAUGAGACAUGUGACACAGAUGAAGUGGCCCCAGUAGCCCCCAUGGCUAGCCCUGUGGCCCCUGUGGACGUCCCUGUGGACGUCCCUGUGGACGUCCCUGUGGACGUCCCUGUGAUGCCUGUGAUGCCUGUGAUGCCCAAGUUGACCAGUCGCAAGAUCGGCGGCCUCGUCACUUGGGUCGUGGAUCGUCAUGCUUUGGCCAAGGCUUCCAAGAUCUCCACUGAAGAUCCAUCGCCCAUCUCGCCGCAACGGCCUCGGGAUCGGGAAGAUCGUGACGGAAGUCCCAAGACGCCUUCCUUCAAGCCGUCCUUGCCGCGCAGAGCUUUCAAAGAAGCAAAUAGAUCAAAUAGAUCAAAUGGACCAGAAUGUGAUGCAAAAUGUGAUGAAGUUCCAGAAAAGGUUGCAGUUGCUCACACUGGUGAAAAGAUUGAAAAGGAGUCAGAAAGGGAUGAAACCGAAAAUGAAGAUUCUGAUUCGGAUGCUUGCUGCUCUGAGACGGAGACACCUUCUGCCAGUAACAGCCCUUGCUCAGCUUCAGAAGAUCCCAGCGAAGGACAAGCCUUUCAGGGACAUGGGUAUCCUUAUGGCAUUCCCUUUUGGCCCGUUUACUUCCCAGUGGCUGGGUGCCAGCCAAACUGGUGGAACAUGAAUGAAAUUGCAGCGCAGCACUUGGAUGCUUGCCACAAGAUUGCCUUGCAGCGUGCUGAAAGGCGUGGGGCUCCAACAGAGACCUGCUGUGUCGGCUGCUGCUGUUCUCGCUGCAUUGGUAUUCCAGCAGCGUAUCAACCAAAGAAGUCUGAGGAGAGGCUUCUGAAAGAGAAAGAUGAGAAAGAUGAGAAAGCAAAACCAAAAACCUUGGAAGAUGAAAAUCAGGGUAAGGACUGUGACACUAUCAGUGUGCAGGAAAGCUUGCAAGAAACUGCUUCAUCUACAUCUGUGUCCUCUGGUUCUUCAGACUCCGAUAUGGAUGUGGACGAGAUACUCAAUCAGCUUCCUCCGACCCGAACGCUGACGUGGACCACGCCUGACCCUCGCUUGCAGCAACAUCUGAGGCGCCCAAAGUUGCUUCGCACCGUGGUAUGCACGAACUUGCAUACAGAUGCCAUAGCAACAGAUGUGCAUCAAGCCUUUCAACAGCGUUUCAUCGCACUACCAGAUUAUGUAGAUGGCUAUUGGAAAGAAGGAAUCACAUCCAGCGCAGUUCUCUCCGUGACGAUUCGUGAGAAAACUCCAGCCGUGGCCUUUAUCGUGCUGUUUGAUGAGAAGCUCACAAGCACAGCCCUGCUGUUCGAUGGCCUGGAGAUCUGUGGCCAACGACUUCACUUGAGACGUCCUCACGAAUGUGGUCCUCCUGUCGAUGGCUAUGCCGAAGCCUGUGACGUCUCCAUCCUCUACCGACUGGGGAUGUUGAGUCGACCUGAAAAGAUCGAGACGGAUCCAACAGGUCCUACAGGUCCUACAGGUCCUACCGGUCCUACCUUGGGUCCUGCAGGAGCCACAUCAAAGGCCGCAGCCAAGCCUCGAUGGCGAGCUCCACGUGCUCCAAGUGCUUUGGAAGGUCUGAAGCAUUUGUACAUUGGAAAUCUUCCGGAGCGUCACAGCAGCUUGCAGGAUGUUACCGAGUUGGUGACUUGCAUGACUUCUGAGCUUGCAUCUUACAAGGAAGAGAUUGGCCCUCCAAUGAUCUUUGCAAGACCUGUUCGAAAUGGCUGGGUGGUGGAGAUGCAAAGCUGCGACUUGGCUCGCGAUGCUCAGAAUUGUCUGCGACAGAUGGUGCUGGAUGGCGUUCAGAUCGUCUGCUACCUCACCUUUGGCCGAGCUGAGACCUGA